AUAUGAGCUUUUAUCCAAUUUGUUCUUUAAAUUGUGCGAUGUUAUAAUUUUGUCUUUUGAACAAGUUAGACGUUAAAACGUAUUUAUAAUGUAACAAUAAAAUAUAAUUUUAAAAAGGACGGGAAAAUAAGAUGGAACUUAACUAUAUUUUAUCCAAUUUAAUACUGUGGUUGUUCUUCCAUCUAACUUGGGGAGAACCUCUUAAGAGAUAUCAGACCCCGUGUCCUAAUGAAUGUGACUUAAAAAAGUGUCCAAAAUUACAAUUCUGUGAUGGAGAAAUAGUGAAAGACAGAUGUCGCUGUUGUCCGGAUUGUUCUACAAAUAUUGGAUUCAAUAGUACUUACGCUCAAAAAGAUGGUGCAUGUGAACAAGUGUCGUGUCCCAGGUUCAAAGUAUGUAUGGAAAACAUGCAGGGAUUGCCGCUUUGUACUUGUCCGAACCCAUUUGUAUGCAAAGGCCGACGGAGACACGUAUGUGGCAAAGACGGAAAUACGUAUGAAUCUAGAUGUCACUUGAGAGUUACAUCAUGUCACAAAGCAAAACGCAUCCGAAUGGCCCACAAGGGGGCGUGCGGAAUGGUUGGAACACAGGAACACGGAACAAAUGUACAAUACCAAGAGACAGAAUUUGAUAUAAGUGCUAAACGACGAAAAAAUAGAAAACAAUUAAAGCGUAAAAACAAAAAAUCAAAGAAAAGAAGGAGACGUAAACAAAAAAAUCGUAAAAAUAGAAGAACGAAGAGAAGACGUAAGCGUGGACCUAAAGCUAGGGGAACGAUGGAAGAAAGAAAGAAAAAUAAUUUAAAAGAUAAAAUUGCCACGAAGAAUGGAUAAUCAUAUCAUAUAUGAUAAUCUGAAACAAAAGAUCUCAAUUGUACAGCCAGUAUCAAUUCCGCAUGUGUAUAAAACUUCUAACUUAUUCAAAAGACCGUAUUUGCUGCAUAAUGAACCUUUGAAUCACCAUUGUAUGUUUCAUGAAACAAAGAUGCUGAGACGAAACUUAAUUCAGUAUACUAUUUGCGUUUAACCAAUCACAGACGUUUGAACAUUCCGACAGAACUGUGAUAUUUCAUACAAACUUGCACUCUCGUCUGCUAAAACAUAAUUGGUUGGAUAUUUAAGGUGGUACCAAACACCUUGAAUAAAACUAAUUUGGCUUGUUUCAUGUUUAUAAAAUUUGACAAAAAAAUUACUUUAACCCUUUCUCAAAAAAUACAAAUUUCAAAAACUUGAAACACACAAAUAAUCAGAAUUUGUUUUUAAAUUUUGAUCAUUGAGAAGUUCAAUAUAAAAAAUUCCUUUACGAUCAAAAGUGAUGAAAACGUUCAGCUGAUUUUUACAGAGAUAUAGUUCUCUGUAGUGCUAUGCAUACCACCUUUUGGUGCCGCCCGGACAUCUUUUGCAACACUAUGCUGUUAUAUUAGCAAACUCCCCGGCAGUUCCAGUUCCGAUCCGCAUACGGGCCCGAAUACUACUCUACACUAAUGGAUGUAAAGGAAAAUAGUUCCGGAACGGAAACGAUCACUGUCCGGAGUUUGUUAUAUUAGGUGUAUUCAUUGUUGACUUGAAACGACUACGGUUAGGUUCAUUUAUAAUUGUAUAAAUGUAUUUUCAAGAUUGUUAAUUGUUUUUUGUAAAUGUUGUUAAUCAUUCUUAAAUGUAAGUCUUUCAUUAAAAUUGUAUUAUUUGCAAAAUAGAUAAAAUUAUUGAAAUACCUAGA